AGCUGCAAAGUGCGAGUACAAAUUUAAAUUUAAAAAUUUUUUCAUGAACAUUAAUGUUGUCUCUAUGUAUUAACCAAUUUGUUUGCUCAGAAUACUUUUACAUAUGAUAGGUGCGAAGGAUUAAUAAUUUUUAAUAUAAUUCUGUAACACAAGUACAUGUUAUUGACAUGGAAUCCACAAUAUCAGUGUCUAAGGGUGUGUUCCUGUUUCCAAAUGGAUUUAAUAAUGUAAAGAAAUCCAAGAAAAAGAACCGGAUUUCUAUCUUUGAUGCUAUUUUUUCUAAAGAACAGUGGUUUGUUACGUUUAAGAAUAACUGGGAUUCUGUCGAGAUGCAGCUGAAGGAAUUACAUGAAAGGACAUACAGUACUUUACUAAAUGAUAUAGUAAGUUAUUUAAAAACAUCUUAUCAAGACAAUGAAUUAAAUAGCUUAGAGGGAAUAAUACCAAGUGCCACUUUAUUAACUGGAGUGAAUCAACCAGAUCAUGUAAAUCAGUUUAAAUCACUCAUUAGUAUACUAAGGGAAGAAGUGACACCAUAUGUAGCUAUGGUUAAUUCUCAAGAUGCAUCAUCUGUAAAGCAUUUGGUGGAAAGUGCUGUUUGGCAAAUUAUCAACGGGGAAAAUGAAUUUGAUAGUUCAGUGGAGAGAGACAUGUUCAUUGAUGAUAAUUCUGUAUCAAAACCUAAACUUAAGAAGAAUCAAUGUACAAUGAAAACAUUGUUUAAAUGGUAUAAAAAUAAACAUGUUACAUGUUCGCCAAAGAAAAAGAAGCAUACUGCUGUUCAACAGACCUUAGUUAUUAUUAUACCUGACUUUGAGAGCUUUAAUUGCAAUAUAUUACAAGACUUUGUUAUGAUCAUAAGUUCGUAUGUAGCUGUUCUGCCUAUAGUUUUAGUUUUUGGUGUUGCUACAUCUGUGUCAGCAUUGCAUAAAUCCUUUCCUUAUCAAGUUUCCUCCAAACUUUUGAUAAAGGUGUUUCAUUCUCACCCUUCCCACGUUUAUAUGAAUCAAGUUUUGGAGAAUGUAUUUUUGACUCAUACUAGCCCAUUUCACUUAUCGGGAAAAGCUUUUGAAUUGUUAACAGAUGUGUUUCUGUUCUAUGAUUUUUCUGUCACUGGCCUCAUUCAAAGUAUUAAGUAUUGCAUGAUGGACCAUUACUAUGGAGACAAUAUAAAAUCACUUUGUUGUGAUAGAGAUAGUAUAGAUGCAGCAGUUGCGAGGUUAUCUUCUGAAGAUUUAGAAAAUAUGAGACAGCUUUUAUCUUUCCGACCAUUUUUAGAGGUGCAAGACUGCCACACUAAGAUUGGGCUCUUUGAAGACAAUAAUUUUUUUAGAGAAGUUAUAAGAAAGGAAAUGCACAAAUUGCAUGACUAUGUUUAUAGUUUUUAUUUAUGUGUAAGAUUGCUUGCAUCUUUUCUGAAGGAUCUACCAAAAAAUAUUUUAGGAAAGUCAAUACGAGAAAUAUACGCCAGAUGUGCUGUUGAAAAUGUAACUGAAACAGAGGGAUUCAAAGAAUGUAUGCAGCUAUUAGGUUUUCAAUCUCAAGUGAAAUUGAUAGACAGCAUUCAAAAUGCUAUUAAAAUCGUUGGCAAUGUUCUGCAAUCUAUAUCGCCAGUAAAACCUUUGCGGUCUACGCCUUCGAAAAAUAAUCAAGUCAGAAUUAGUACCGACUUAGGCGAGGACUUUGUAAAAAGUGUUAGAGUAUACCUCAUAACAUUUCUAAGACAAAUUGAAAAUGCAAGUAAUGAAACGACACAGCCCAGUUGUGAUGAUGAAAUGGAAAUUGAGAAUGAUAUGGAAAGUUUGGAUCGUAAAUCGGGCAAUCGUUAUAAAUUAAAAGAGAAGCUGCUCAAAGCAACUAGAGUAGAUAGAAUACAAUCAGAAUUUGAAAUGAUACGAUCAAGAUUUGUUAAUUAUUUGGAAGAGAUGUUUAGAAAAGGUCUUCUACCGCCGCACACGCAAACGUUUCAUGAAAUUUUAUUCUUUACCGAAGUGUCAAAUGUGAAGAAACAGAUUGUUGGCUCACCGCGUGGUGCUCUUCACAUGGCGCUCAGUAACCCGGCCUAUUAUUUACAGUGUUCCUGUUGUAAUUUACCUUCGGUUGAAAGCGUAUCCGAUACGUUGCCAGAUGUGAGCCUUGCUUACAAACUGCACAGGGAGUGUGGAAAACACAUAAAUCUUUAUGAUUGGCUGCAAGCCUUUGCCGCUGUGCUUUGCCCCGAAAGCGACGAAGAAAAUAGAGCUCAGGAUGUUAAUAUUCAGGUCAGGUUCACGCGGGCGGUGGCCGAGUUGCAGUUCCUUGGGUUCAUCAAAACUUCUAAACGAAAGACCGAUCAUGUAAUGCGCCUCACUUGGUGAUCUUUGAAAGCUUUUUGUGUGUACU